AUGAAAUCCGAAUUUUCGGAGGACGUUACAAUAGUUUUUUCAAAUGAAUGUAGUAUAGAGUUCAAUAGCCAAAAAUUGGCCUCAGAGAUUGCUCUCGAAUAUUUAAAUAUUAAAUGUAAAACUAGAUGUAUACCAUUGACCUCGUUUCUAGAAUUUAAAACAGAAUCGGAACAUGGAAACAUAAAUAAAUUGACAAAUGGGAUUAAAAUGGAUCACGGACCCAAAAAUAUUGUAAAAAAUGGCUGUUGUUCAACCCACAAGAAUGAAUUAAGGACCCUUAUGUUCAUUUUUGAACAUCGCAAAAGAAAUUCGGAUAUAAUUAAGCUAGAAAACACCUUGAACGAUUGGCUGUGUGAUUUUAGAGUUGACAAGAGCGAUUUUGUGAAUUCACAAGUAGUUUUUGUUCUUCAAGACGAUUCAACCGAGGAUUCCACUCAUUCUGAUCAGUUUAUUACAAAUUUGAAGAAGCUAUUCACAGAUUUAGGGUUUAAAUUGUUGGUAGAUGACAAUUUCUAUAUCAAGAAUGGAGACAUUGGCCAAAUAUUAUCAAUGAUCGACUACAUAGCAGAAAAAAAGGAAUCAUAUUUGGAGAGUUUAAAAAACGGAGAACAGUCAAAUAGGAGUGAAGAGAACCACAAGGAGGACUCUGAAGAUAUUGAGUCUGACGAAGAUGAGGAUGAGGAUUCAGAAGGGGAUAUAGAGAAUCUGGGAGAAUCGAAUAGACAAAUGACGACACCAACGCAGAGGAAAAGACUGAUAAAGCAGGGAUACAGACUUGUAGGAGAACACAGCGCAGUUAAGUUGUGCAGAUGGACCAAAUCAAGAGUUAGGGGACACGGAGGAUGCUACAAGCACACCUUCUACGGAAUCAACUCGAACCAGUGCAUGGAAAUGACGCCAAGUCUAGCCUGCGCAAACAAGUGCGUCUUCUGCUGGAGACAUCACACAAACCCAGUGGGAACGAAGUGGAAGUGGGAAACAGACGAAGCAGAGUUCAUAGUGUCAGAGUCAAUCAAAGCACACCUGAAGCUGAUAAAGGAGCUCAGAGGAAUAUUCGACACUAAGAUGGAAAGAUUCAACGAAGCACUGAAAAUAAGGCACUGCGCACUGUCGCUGGUAGGAGAGCCAAUAAUGUACCCACAAAUCAACGAGCUCAUAGAAGAGCUUCACAAGAAUGAGAUUUCGACGUUCCUGGUGACGAACGCGCAGUUCCCGAAGAAAGUGGAGAGUUUGGUGCCAGUAACGCAGCUGUACGUAUCAAUAGACGCUCCAGAUAAAGUGAGCCUGAAAAACAUAGAUCGGCCCCUGUUCAGAGACUUCUGGGAAAGGUUCCUGAGGUGUGUAGAGAACCUGAAGGAUCGCAAGGAGAGGACAGUGUUUAGGCUGACACUGGUACGUAAUUUCAACAUGACGGAGCAGAAGACGGAGAUAGAAGGGUACGCAAACCUGAUGAAGCUGGGAGAGCCUGACUUUGUGGAGAUCAAGGCAGUGACGUUUUGCGGCACAGUGCACGACAACGCAAUAACGAUGAAGAACGUGCCGUGGCACGACGAGGUUGUGGAGUACGCAAGGGCGCUGGUCAACAUAGACGACUACGUCAGAGACCACUACGACCUGGUGUGCGAGCACAGACACUCGUGCUGCGUCCUAAUAGCAAAGAAGAGCUACUUUGUAAACGGAAAGUGGAACACAUGGAUUGACUACCCAAUGUUCAACAAACUGGUGACGAGCGGAAGGGAGUUCACGGGGCUUGACUACUCGUGCGAAACCCCGGAAUGGGCGCUGUUCGGGUCCCCUGAGGAGGGGUUUGACCCGGAGGACACAAGGUUAGAGGUAUUUGUAAACAAAACCAUGUAG